GGGUAACGGUUGGUAACGGUAAAAAACUUGACGGAUCAUAUCCGGGUUAAAGGUUGUAAUCUUGUAACGUCUGAUUCCAACAAGCUAGUUCCGCGUUGUUAGCAUAUUAGCAGGAAGCUACCUGAUAUCUGGGAGAGUAACUUCAGCGAUUUAUCCAGAUCCUGACUGUUGAUUCCAACCGUAAACAGACGAUAAAAGGAGAAAAGCAUCCAAGGUCUUUGGGCUGAACGUGGUGCCAGAUCUGGUCCAGGGUUGUUGAACGGUUAAUGCACAGAGUAAAGAGGCUGAAAAUUGAAGACAAAACAGAAGACGGCCAGGACAGCGUCAGAGAGGCACUGGCAGGUAUGAUGGGGGUGGACGAGCUCUCGGACAGCACAGAGGUGGUGGAGAUGGAGGAUGUGAAUCCCUCUCACUUCCAGGUGGAGAAGCACACGUGGGAUGGCCUACGGAAAAUCAUUCACAACAGCCGCAAGAACACAGGCGUGGUCAUCAACAAGGCGCCACAUGACUUCCAUUUCGUCCCGAAGGAUGAGACUAGCCCGCAUUCUCAUCGCAUCUUCUACCUUGGAAUGCCUUACGCCAGCAGGGAAAACUCUUUACUCUACUCCGACAUUCCCAAGAAGAUCCGCAAAGACGCUCUACUGGUUUUGUCAUGGAAACAGAUGCUGGAUCACUUUCAGGCCAGCCCUCACCACGGGGGCUUCUCCCGGGAGGAAGAGCUGCUGCGAGAGAGGAAGCGUUUGGGGGUGUCUGGCAUCACUUCCUAUGACUACCAUCAACCCAGCGGCCUCUUCCUGUUCCAGGCCAACAGCAGUCUGUACUACUGCCGCGACGGUGGAAACAACACUUUUACUACUUCUCCCAUGAAGCCUGUAGAGAUAAAGAGCCAAAGUUCAGGCACACGCAUGGACCCCAAGAUCUGCUCCGGGGACCCCAACUUUAUUGGCUUCAUCAACAACAAUGACAUUUGGGUGACCAGCAUCGAGACGGGUGAAGAGAGGAGGCUCACCUUCUGCCAUAAAGGUAUUGAUAACCCAAAAGAGGAUCCUAAAUCUGCUGGAGUCGCCACUUUUGUCUCUCAGGAAGAAUUUGAUCGGUUCACUGGAUACUGGUGGUCACCAGCUGCUCAAGAAGACUCAGACGGUGGUAAAACUCUGCAGAUUCUGUACGAGGAGGUCGACGAGUCUGAGGUUGAGAUCAUCCAUGUCCCAUCUCCAGCGCUAGAGGAGCGUAAGACAGAUGUCUAUCGAUACCCACGUGCAGGCAGCAAGAAUCCUGAUAUCACUCUGAAAAUAGCAGAAAUCAAGACAGACAAUCUCGGCAAAAUUGUCAGCACACAGGAGAAGGAGCUGCCUGUGCCCUUCUCCAGCCUGUUCCCCGGAGCCGAAUACAUCACCAGAGCUGGAUGGACAAAGGAUGGCCGAUACGCGUGGGCAGUCAUGAUGGACCGACGGCAGCAGCGUCUCCAGCUGGUCCUGCUGCCUCCGGCGCUUUUCAUCCCCGCACAACAAGACGAGGCCAGCAGGCAGAAGAGCCUGGAGGCCCUCGGAGACACGGUCCAGCCCUUCAUCAUCUACCAAGAGACCAGUGACAUCUGGAUCAAUGUCCAUGAUAUCUUUCAUCCAUUCAUCCAAACCAGUGAUGAGGAGAUCACCUUCAUCACAGUAAAUGAAUCCAAAACAGGCUUCUGCCACCUGUAUAAGAUCACAUCAGUGUUACAGCGAGGCAGCUACAACUGGGCAGGAGGCUACACACACUCUGAAGAUGAUUUUAAGUGUCCAGUGAAGGAGGAGGUGACGAUAACCAGUGGGGACUGGGAGGUGUUGGCCAAUCAUGGAGCAAAGCGUUCGUCCAGUCCUCAGAUUUGGGUGGAUGAGACGGCGAAGCUGGUUUACUUCCAGGGAACGAAGGAUUCUCCUCUUGAGCAUCACCUGUACGUGGUGAGCUACGACGCGCCGGGUGAAAUCGUCCGACUCACCAAACCUGGCUUCUCCCACAGCUGCUCCGUGAGCCAGACCUUUGACAUGUUUAUCAGCCAUUACAGCAGUUUGACCACCGCACCCUGCGUGCACAUCUACAAACUGAUGGGCUCCGACAGCGACCCGCUGCACAGAGAGCCUCAGUUCUGGGCCAGCAUGAUGGAAUCUUCUGGUUUCCCAUUCGACUAUACUCCUCCAGAGAUCUUUAGCUUCACAGGGAAGUCGGGCUUCGAGCUGUACGGCAUGUUGUACAAACCACAUGACCUCGUCCCCGGCAGGAAGCAUCCCACUGUUGUCUUUGUUUACGGCGGUCCUCAGGUUCAGUUAGUGAAUAACUCAUAUAAAGGUGUGAAGUACCUGCGGCUGAGCACGCUGGCGUCUCUGGGCUACGCCGUGCUGGUCAUCGAUGGGCGGGGCUCCUGUCAGCGAGGACUUAAGUUUGAAGGAGCUGUGAAGGACAAAAUGGGUCAGGUGGAGAUCGACGACCAGGUGGAGGGUUUGCACUACGUAGCUGAAAAGUACAAGUUUGUGGACCUGAAUCGCGUCGCCAUCCACGGCUGGUCGUACGGAGGCUUCCUCUCACUCAUGGGUCUCAUCCACAAACCCGACAUCUUCAAGGUCGCCAUCGCCGGAGCUCCGGUGACGUUGUGGAUGGCCUACGACACCGGCUACACAGAGCGAUAUCUGGACACGCCCGAAAACAACCAGAAGGGCUACGAGGCGUGCUCUGUCGCGCUGCAUGUCGACAAACUCCCCAAUGAACCCAACAGACUGCUGAUCCUUCACGGAUUUCUAGAUGAGAAUGUGCACUUUUUCCACACUAACUUCCUGGUGUCUCAACUCAUCCGGGCGGGGAAGCCAUACAGCCUCCAGGUUUAUCCUAACGAGCGACACAGCAUCAGAUGUCCGGAGUCUGGAGAACAUUAUGAGAUCACGCUGCUGCACUUCCUCCAGCAGAACCUCUGAUAAGCCUUUCUACACACUGAUCUUCCUCCUUCCCUCCUCCUCCUCCUCGUCUUCUACCUCCCGUUCCUCCUUUUCUCCAAACAUUCAUCACUUCCCACUUCACUUCAUUUUAUAAUCUGCUGAAUGCAAGCUACGCCAAACCUCGCCACACGUCGAGAGUCGCCGCUCGGCAGCAUUUUUAGCAUCAAUAAAGCCACAUAAACAUCCAGAUGUUUGUAUAUUUACCAAAAAACAACAACGUCACCAAACACAACAUCACUGCAUUUUACAGUUGAGGGAAAUCAGCUGGAUUGCUUUAAGCCCCAAAACAAGCAGGGGGCGCUGUUCACCCAGAACAAACAGGGCUGAAGCUUUCAGACUUACUGGUCAUUAUGGUGGACGUCAGAACCAGUAAAAAGCAGAUAAAUGAUGUUGUUGAUGUUUUAAAUGCUGCAGUGCAAAAAGUACUGAAGUGGAGCUGUUGUGUGGGUUUGGAAGUGUCUUUGAGUGAUUUCUUGUAUACUUUUUUUGUGCCAUUCCUUUUUUUUAUUAUUGAACUGUCACUUUGUUUUCUUUUUGGGACCUAAUUGAUAAAUUUAUCAUUCCUUGUCUCCACGAAUAAACACUGGAGUGAAGUUAGUAAACGUUAAGCUCUCUAAGAGCAUCAAAACAAGCUCUUAAUUCCCUUUCUUGUAUACUUGUCUUUUUCUGCAUUGCGACUGUGCUAAAGUGCUAUCAUAGAUCACUUUUUAUGUGGAGUCAACAAGACGAAAUGUUACAUGCCGCAUUUUUAUUGUGAAUUAUUAAAAAAUAUAUUUUUAUGCAUUCAUAAAAAGAAGAAAAGAUGUAGCGCCCUGUUGCUGUCUCACUCAGUCGCUUGCUUUAAUUUUCCGGAGAGCUUCUUUUUCUUCUUCUGCUGCUGAAGACAGAAGUCUCAAGCUCAGAUGACUUUUGCACAGUACAUAUUUGCCUUGGUGCCAACAGAAUGACCUAUAAAAUGAUAUAUGACACAACUGUCGGCAGUAUAAGGUGCCUUGCAAGAGUUGAAGAGCGGCUGCUCGUGUAGUUUAAAUCAGGGAAUCUGUCUGAGGACCUACGACAAUGAAAGGCCUUGUUGCUCAAGUGUCUGAUGACCGUCUAUGAGAUGAGCUACACCGAUCUGUACAUGGUCAAAUGUACCUUCACUUAUCAAAGAAAUAAACAGAAGUGAAAACACUUUUUCAAAGUCUUGUAACCAAAUGGAGUUUAUUAUUUUUUAAAAGCAUUUCAGUGGCUGUUGUGUGGAAAAUAAACCUGAAAAAUGA